AUGCAUGGUCAUCAGAUGAUAUUAAUGGUGAACUCGGCGAAAGCUCCAGAUCACAUUGACAAACCUGUAAGAAUGGGCGAAUCAUCACCCGAUCCACCAUUUCAAGAAACAUACAAGACUCUCUUCAACAACUUGACUGAUACAGCACAAAAGAAUUUCCCCCAGCUCUCUGUAAUGGAAGAAGUCGAGCUACCAUUAGUCGAUCUGAACCAGUUAAACCUUGGAGAUUCCGAGAGAGAAUCAUGCAAGAAACAAAUAGCUAGAGCAUCUCAAGAAUGGGGUUUCUUUCAAGUUAUAAACCAUGGGAUUUCUCGAGAAAUAUUGGAGAAAAUGAGAAGAGAACAAGUGAAGUUAUUCAAGAAACCAUUUCAAGACAAGAAAAAUGGCAAAGAUUUGAACUUUUCUGCUGGGAGUUAUCGAUGGGGAGCACCAACAGCUACUUGCCUUAGUCAAUUAUCUUGGUCUGAGGCUUUUCAUGUUUCUUUAAGUGACAUUUUGGGUUCAGGAGGCCUCAAUAAUCUCAGCUCAACAAUGGAACAUUAUGCAAAAACAGUGUCUGAACUAGCACAAAAACUGGCAGACAUAUUAGCUGAAAAAAUAGUACUGCACCAGGAUCAUAUUGGAGGUUUGCAAUUGGUGAAAGAUGGGAAAUGGAUUGCCGUUAAACCGAACCCCGAAGCCCUAGUUAUCAACAUCGGGGAUUUGUUGCAGGCUUGGAGCAAUAACAUUUAUAAAAGUGUCGAACAUCGAGUCAUUGCUAACGAGUUAAAAGAAAGAUUCUCCACUGCUUAUUUUCUGUGUCCGGCCUAUGACACGGUUAUACAAAGUUGCAUUCAGCCUUCUGUCUAUAGAAGAUUUAGCUUUGGAGAAUAUAGAAAACAAGUUCAAGAAGAUGUCAAAAGUUUUGGGUACAAGGUAGGACUUCCGAGGUUUCUUGUACCAAGUCAUUAG